CUCGAGUCUCUUCAAACAUAAUGGCCUUCGUCCCGCCUCGAAUGCCACCGCGUCCAUUUGCGCCACCUCCUCCAAAGGUAUCCCCGUCUAUACCACCUCCGCCGAAUCGCCGUAGCCCCCCCCCACCCUCACCUUCGAAGCAAACACCACCUCCACCACCUCGCCGCAGACCCCCGCCACCCCCACCUCCGAAGAAAGCGCCACCGCCACCAACUCGCCGCAGCCCCCCGCCACCCCCACCUCCGAAGAAAGCGCCACCACCACCGCCAAGAAGGAUGGCCCCGCCUCCGCCGAAGCUGCCACCGCUACAGCCGCCUCCGGCACCCGUCCGCCCUCCACCACUGGUGCCGCCGCCACCGAGCCCGAACCACACCGUCAUCAUCGUCGUGUUCGUCUCCCUCGGCGGCCUUCUCCUCCUCGCAUGCCUCGCGGCGGCACUGUUUUGCUGCAUCAAGAAGAGAAAGAAGAAGAUGGCGUUCGCCGUGGACGUGGCGGACCGUGUGCAUGUCCACGAGACUGUCGUUCCAGGACCCCAUGUCCGACAACUGGCGACCCGGUCGAACGACGAAGAUAUCAAAGUCCAUGAGGUGUUCAAGAAGGGCGCGGUGACCGGUGAAGCUUCACUUAGUGAGCCUGCAUCGGGGAAACAACGCUCGAGCAGCACGAUCGGCGGCGCUGGCCCUUCUGUGACGAGUCGCCACCACCUUCUUUAGCACAAAGGCUAGCAGACAACAGAAAUGGUCGCCAAAGCUCUGAGAAAUAUGCAUGAUGGUUGAAUAAGUGUGCUUAUUUGAUUGUGUGCCUGUUUACACUUGCAUUCAUUCCAUUCAUUGUUAUCUGCUGUGUGUGUAUUGUGAUUAUUUAAGAGCUGCAUUCAUUUGCAGAUAAGUAAUUCGGUCCUCGUAUUCAAUUUGGAUGAAUUUUAGAUUCUUGUGGCUACCAUCAAAGUGA